ACGUUGACCUCUCUGCUGUCUUCAAAGAGCUUGCUAAUUAAUUACUGUUAAUUAAAAUCUAGAAGCCUGCCUGCCUGCCUGCCUGUUUGAAGGCUAAUAACGUCCGCUAAGACACACAGUGAGUUAACAUUUAAAUAGGUCGGCAAUUGAGUUGAUUCCUUUCCGUAAUAUUAAUUAUUUUCCUUUUUCUGAUUCAUGAUGUUUUCCGGAUGUUCUUGGAAUUGGAUAUCCUCAACGGCACUGCGCCGCCAAGUGUGUCCGUGUUGGCCACCUUCCGAGAAUUUUCCAUUAACGAGUCACAAUUUCAUACUUAAUUACCUUUUUUUAUUUGAAGUUUUUCUUCGACCGAGUUUGUUUAUUGAUAAAUGAGUUAAAAGUGAUCUGCGAUUCUUGUUGUUGGUUGAAAUCUUCGUCUCUGUUUGUGGCGAAUCCGUAGAUCGGGUGCUCGAUUACUUGCCUUUUCUUGAUUUCUGCCACCGGCGGCGGCGGAGGAGAUGGCGACGCCGCUGGCGUACCAAGCGUCGCUGCCGGCGUCGCCGGAGUGGCUGAACAAGGGCGACAACGCGUGGCAACUGGCGGCGGCGACGCUGGUGGCGAUACAGAGCAUGCCGGGGCUGGUGGUGCUGUACGGCAGCAUCGUGAAGAAGAAGUGGGCGGUCAACUCUGCGUUCAUGGCGCUGUACGCCUUCGCCGCCGCGCUGAUCGUGUGGGUCAUCGUGGGCUACCGAAUGGCCUUCGGCGACCGCCUGCUCCCCUUCUGGGGCAAGGCCGGCCCCGCCUUGGGCCAGCGCUACCUCAUCCGCCGCGCCUUCCUGCCGGCGACGCCGCACCACUACAGCGACGGCAGCCUGGAGACCCCCAUGGUGGAGCCGUUCUACCCUCAGGCCUCCCUCGUCUACUUCGAGUUCACCUUCGCCGCUAUCACCGUCAUCCUCCUCGCCGGCUCCGUCCUCGGCCGCAUGAACAUCAGGGCCUGGAUGGCCUUCGUCCCCCUCUGGCUCAUCUUCUCCUACACCGUCGGCGCCUUCUCCCUCUGGGGCGGAGGCUUCCUCUACCACUGGGGCGUCAUCGACUACUCCGGCGGCUACGUCAUCCACCUCUCCUCUGGCAUCGCCGGCUUCACCGCCGCCUUCUGGGUCGGGCCGAGAUUGAAGAGCGACAGGGAGAGGUUCUCGCCGAACAACAUACUGCUGACUCUGACGGGGGCGGGGCUCCUGUGGCUGGGCUGGUCGGGGUUCAACGGCGGCGCUCCGUACGCCGCGAACAUCACGUCGUCGAUGGCGGUGCUGAACACGCACGUCUGCGCCGCCACCAGCCUGCUCACGUGGACCUGCCUCGACUGCGCCUUCUUCAAGAAGCCGUCGGUCAUCGGCGCGGUGCAAGGGAUGAUGACCGGCCUCGUCUGCAUCACUCCCGCCGCAGGAUUGGUGCAAACUUGGGCGGCGAUGGUGAUGGGGGUGCUCGCCGGGAGCAUCCCCUGGUUCUCCAUGAUGAUCCUCCACCGGAAGUCUCCUCUGCUGCAGCGCGUCGACGACACGCUCGCCGUCUUCCACACCCACGCCGUCGCCGGCCUCCUCGGCGGCCUCCUCACCGGCCUGCUCGCCGAGCCCGCGCUCUGCCGCCUCAUCCUCCCGGUGCCGGGCACCAAGGGCUUAUUCUACGGCGGCGGCGUCAUGCAGAUCGUGAAGCAGGUAGUGGGCGCGCUGUUCGUCAUCGCCUGGAACCUCGUCGCGACCACGGCCAUCCUCCUCGUGAUCGCGAAAUUCACGCCGCUGCGAAUGCCGGACGACCAGCUCAUGAUCGGGGACGACGCGGCGCACGGCGAGGAGGCGUACGCGCUGUGGGGCGACGGCGAGAGGUACGACGCCACGCGGCAGGACACGCCGGCGGCGGCCGGGGGCAGGGAUGAGGCCAUGCGCAUGCGCUCCGUAGGCGAGUUUAAUGGAGCCAGAGGAGUAACCGUCCAACUAUAGCCGUUGAAUUUACUUGUAAAAAUAACUGUUUCUUUCUUAACUUUUUUUUUCCCCCCUCUUUUUAGCUCAUCAUGAUUCAAUGAUGUUGCUUUGUUUUGUUUUGGAAGAUUGAGAUUUAAGAGCGAUCGCCGCCUCUCUCUCUUGUAAUUCAUAGAUUGUACGGAGGACGAAGAAGUCAUUAAUUCAA